UGGCCAGCACCAAGUGGUUCAGGAUGAACCGCGACACCAGGGCGGCCCUGGUGGCAUGGCCCGAGGGGAAGGAGUACUUGUCCACCGAGAGGGUGACAAACAUGUCCAUCUGGUUGUGGGCCGGGCGGCGCCUGCGCACCAGCCCCUUGAUCAGGGCCACCAGCAGCAGGUCCAAGAGCAGGGCGAAGACCAGGUUCAUGAGCACCUCGCGCCCCGCCCAGCUGUCGCUCCUGGACAGGCAGUAGAGGGCCCCCAGGAGCCAGGGGACGCCGUGUCCCGAGAUCUCCAGCAGCUUCAUGAGGGGCCGCAUGCUCCCCCAGGACGAGCUCUCUCCGGCGCACACGCCCAGCUUCUUGGACAGCCACAGGUCGAUGGCCAGCAGGGAGCGCAGGGCGAUGCCCAGGAAGGACGGGUUCAGGUCCAUGCGGCCUUCCUCCGGCGGCGGGGCGGGGGCUGCCUGCGAGGGGCCCGGCCCGGCCAGGGGGAAGGAGCCGCGGCGGUGCAGCGGGCUCUCGGACGCGCGCAGCCGGGCGCAGGUGGGGUCGGCGCCGGGCCCGCGGCUGCCGAGCAGGGCCUGGAACUCGACCCUGCCGCCGCCGCCGCCGCCGCCGCCGCCGCGGGCCGGGCUGCCGGGGCUGCUGGUGCUCGAGGCGGACGCGGCCAGCGGGCGUCCGUCCGCGUUCCUCCGGGGGCUCGGCAUCGCGGCGGGGGCCCGGACCCCGGGAGCCGGCCGGCCUAGCGAGAGGCGCGCGGCCCUGCAGCCUCUUCCGCUUGCGCACUGCCAUCCCGGAGGGGCGGGGACAGGAGCCGGCGAGAGGACGAUUGUGACACCUGGCGGAGACGUGGGAGGAGACUGGAACUGGCCCUUGAGGAGGGCGAGGACAGGGGGAGAUGGGGGUGUGGGAGGUCCAGGGGAAGGGGUGCGGGGGUGGGAGUUCAGGAGAAACAGAGCUGCGUUUAAAAAACGACACCACACAAGCCCUCUUCUCUGUUUUUUCUUUGUUUUUAAGAUUUCUUGUCCAGGGGUGUUCCUUCCUGACAAGCAAGAUGUGUACCUUGGGGUGUACCUCCUAAAUCAAUACCUGGAGACCGACUGCUUUCCCCCUGUGUUCCCUAUUACGAUUCAGCAGAGCAUGAGGUUUGAAAAGGUAUUUGAAAAUGCCAUAGAUCCUGGAGCUGUAGCAGACAUUUUAGAAAACUCUUUUCUGGAUAGAGAUGGGACUUACUGGAUGGUACACUUCUGUUUGUUCAUUAAUUUAUUUACAAUUAAAUGGUUUUUGUAUCUUCACACAGUUGUGUAACCAUCACCAUAUUAAUUUUAAAACAUUUUUAUCACAGAAUGAAGCCUUAAACCCAUUCUUCCUUAUCACUCCCAGCCCUAGGUAACUACUAACCAAUCUUUCUGUCUCUGUAGAUUUGCUUAUUCUGCAUAUUUCAUGUAAAUGGAAUUAUACAAUACGUGGUCCUUUGUGACUGGCUUCUUUCACUGAGCAUAAUGUUUUCAGGAUUCAUCUUUGCUACAGCAUGUGUUAGUACUUCAUGUGCUUUUGUGGCCAAAUAGUGUUCCAUUGUAUGGAGAUACUACAUUUUAUUUAUUCAUUCAUUGGUUGAUGGAUAUGUGGGUUGGUUUCACGUUUGGGCUGUGAUGAAUAAUGUUGCUAUGAAUAUUUGUGUACAAGUUUUUUUGUCGGCAUAUAUUUUCAUUUCUCUUGGGUAUAUACCUAGGAAUAGAAGUGUGGGGUCAUAUGGUAAUUCUUUUUAAUCUUUGGAGAAACUUUACCAAAGCAGCUGAAUUAUUUCACAUUGCACCAGCAAUAUGUGAGGGUUCCAUUUCUCCACAUCCUGGCCAACACUUGUUAUUACCUGUCCUUUUGAUUGCUAGCCAUCCUUGUGGGUAUGAAGUGAAAUCUCAUUGUGGUUUGAUGAUGUUGAGCAUUUUUUCAUGUGUUUAUUGACUGUAUAUCUUUUUUGGAGAAAUGUGUAUUCAGAGCUUUUGCUUAUAUUUUAGUUGGGUUGUUUGGUUUUUCAUUAUUGAGUUGUAAUAUAUAAUGGACUUGUAAUGUAUGGAGUUCUUUGUAUAUUGUAGAGACAAGUCCCAUAUCAGAUGUAUGAUAGAUAAAUGUUUUCUUCCAUUCUUUGGAUUAUCUUUUCAUUUUCUUGAUGGUGUUCUUUGAAACACAAAAAUUUUAAAUUUUGAUGAAUUCAGUUUUAUCUGUUUUUCUUUUGUUAUUUGCACUUUUGAUGUCAUAACUAAGAAAGUAUUACCUAAUUCAAGUCACAAAGAUUUAUGUCUAUGUUUUCUUCUUCUUUUUUUUUUCUAUGUUUUCUUCUAAGCGUUUUAUAGUUUUAACUUUUACAUUUAAGUCUAUGACGCAUAUUACGUUGAUUUUUGUAAAUAGCAUGAAGUAGGGGUCCAACUUGCAUCUGGAUAUCCAGUCAUCCUGGUACCAUUUGUUGAUAAGAGUAUUUUACCCCCAUUGAAUAGUAUUGGCAUGUUUGUUCAAAGUCAACUGAGUGUAAAAAUGAAGGUUUUUUUUUUUUAAAGAUUUUAUUUAUUUAUUUGACAGAGAGAGAGAGACAGCAAGAGAGGGAACACAAGCAAGGGGAGUGGGAGAGAGAGAAGCAGGCUCUCCUCUGAGCAGGGAGCCCGAUGCGGGGCUCGAUCCCAGGACCCUGGGAUCAUGACCUGAGCCGAAGGCAGACACUUAACAACUGAGCCACCCAGGCACCCCAGGGCUUUUUUUUUUUUUUUUUUUUUGACUCUCUAUUCUGUUGAUCCAUAUAUCUAUCAUUAUGCCAAUUCCACACAAUUUUGAUUACUGUAGCUUUGUAAGUAAGUUUUGAAGUCAGGAAAUGUGAGUCCCCUACCUUAGUUCUUUCCAAGGCAGUUUUUGCUAUUUGGAUUUCCUUUCCUUUCCAUAUGAAUUUUAGCAUGUCAGUUCCGCAAAGAAGCCAGCUAGGAUGUUGAAAGGCAUUGCACUGAAUCUGUGGAUCCACUUAGGGAAUAUUUCCAUCUGAACAAUAUUAAGUCUUCCAAUCCAUGAACAUGGGAUGUGGUGAGAAUUAAUUGAAUGUAAGGAAUUUGGAGCCUGAGACAAAUGAAGUGCUAAACAUUACCAUUGGAGUGAUGGUUGGCAAAGAUAUAUUCUUUUUUCCUACUUGGAAAACCUAAAAUUACAAGCUGUCUUAGCUGUUAAGUUUCUUGGCAUUUAAAAUUCUGUCCUCAUACACUCAUAUCUUUUUCAUAAGUCUACAAAGGGACAAUUUUACUUUUUUUUCAUAUAUUUCCAGCUUCUUUGAGACAUAAUUGAUGUAUAACACUGUGUAAAUUUAAGGUAUACAAUAUGUGGUUUCGAUACACUUUUAUAUUGUGAAAUGAUAACCACCACAGCAUUAGCUAAGAAACUCAUCACAUCACAUAAUACCAUUUCUUUUUUGUUGUGAGAACAUUUAAGACCUACUCUCUUAGCAGCUUUCAAAUAUAUCAUACAGUAUUAGUAACUAUAAUUGUCACCAUUAUUGCCUAUUUUAAAAUGUUUUCACUUCUCAUAUUUUGUGGGAAUUAUCUUUAUUGAUUUUUAAUUGUUAUACCAUUUAUGUUUAAAUUAAGAUUUGAAUUUUAUUCUUGUCCUUAUAGAUUUUGUACAUGGGCUCACUAUUUGUAAAUACAUUUUGGACUCAGGAAGUAUAAAAAAUGUGAUAUUUUAUGUCUCAUUUAUAUAGUCAGAGAGCAUAGUGUUUUUUUUUUUUUAAGAUUUUAUUUAUUUAUUUGACAGAGAGAGACACAGUGAGAGAGGGAACACAAGCAGGGGGAGCAGGAGAGGGAGAAGAAGGCUUCCUGCUGAGCAGGGAGGCCGAUGCGGGGCUUGAUCCCAGGACCCUGGGAUCAUGACCUGAACUGAAGGCAGACGCUUAACGACUGAGCCACUCAGGCGCCCCAGAGAGCAUACUGUUUUAAGCAAGAUAAACUUAUAUAGGUUAAUUGACAACAGUUGUAUUGUGAAUUUUUAAAAAUGAUAAGUCGUUUAUUAUGUCUGUGACUUACGAAUAUGUUAAAAAAUUUUUUUAAAGACUUUGUCAGAGAGAGAGAGCACAAGCAGGGGGAGCAGCAGAGGGAGAGGGAGAAGCAGGCUCCCCUCUGAGCAGGGACCCUGAUGUGGAACUUGAUCCCAGGACCCUGGGAUCAUGACCUGAGCCAAAGGCAGAUGCUUAACUCACUGAGCCACGUCCCUUAUGAAUACACUUUUAAGAGAGAAAAUAUUGCAUUCAUUUCAUCAACACUUUUCAGGGCAUAAAAUACCAAUUACUCUCAUUCCAUGCCUUUGAAUUACUGGGUCUCAAAAUACCUAAAUCAUUGUUGGUACAGCACCUAUUAUUAUUAUUAUUAUUAUUAUUAUUAUUAAAAUAAAUGGGAUGUUAUGGCAGUGUUAAACUUAGCAAUUAAUGAACAACUCCAGCAAUUUUCUUCAGUAUUAAAAUCUCAUUUUUUCCCUUUUAGGCUUCCUAACCAGGUUUGAAUUAAUACAACUAGUACCUCCAGGUAAUGUGCCAGUAAAUGCAUUUCUAAAAUAGCUUAUUUUGUUUGGAAAGGAUUUUGGCAUGACAGAAUGGGAUUGGUAUUUACAAGUUGUGCUUUCUAGAACACUCCCUUUUUUCCCCCACCGGUCUUUUGAAUUCUGUCCAUUCCUGGAAAAGUAACUUUAUGGGUUUGGUGGCAGUAAGCAUAAGCAGGCAUUUGACUUUCUAUUUUUUCAUAACUUUAUCUAAUUAUCGUCAAAUAAUAAAAUCAUGGCUCAGUUUCUUUCCAGUUGUUGCCUUUGACUUUGUUCUAAUUUAUGGGGCAUGUGUGUGUGUGUAAUACCCAAAACUGUCUUCUGUGUUAGAUGCUAGAACAGGGUUGGCAAACUAUAGGCCCCAGGCCAAAUCCAGUUUGUUUUGUAUGACUUGUGAGCUAAAUUUCUACGUUUUUAAAAGUUGAGAUUCAUAUACUCUAUGUUUAAUUCAUAUACUACAAAUUUCACUGUUGUCAAGUGUACAAUUCAGUUGCUUUAGUAUCUUUACAGAGUUGUGCAACCGUCACCCCUAUCUUAUUCCAGAACAUUUUUAUUAUCCCAAAAAGAAACGCGUAGUCAUUAGGAGUCCCUCUUCAUUCCCUCUUCCCAUAGCCCUGGCCACAACUAAUCUACUUUCUCUGUUGAUUGGCCUAUUCUGGACAUUUAAUGUCAAUGGACUCAGACAAUAUGUGGCCUUUUGUGUCUGGCCCCUUUCACUUUGCAUGUUUUCAAGGUGCAUCCACGUUGUGGCAUGUAUCAUUACUUCAUUCCUUUUUAGGGCUGCAUAAUGUGCUUUUAUGUGGAUGUACCAAAGUUUGUUUAUCUAUUUGCUGGUUGAGGGACAUUUGGGUUGUUUCCACUUUUUGCAUAUUAUGAGUAACAGUGCUGUCAACAUUCAUGUACAAGUUGUUGUGUGGGUACAUGUUUUCAGUUCUCUUGGGUAUAUACCUAGGAGUAGAAUUUUUGUGUCAUAUGGUACCUCCGUGUUUAACUUUUUUUUUUUUAAGAUUUUAUUUAUUUGAGAGAGAGAGAGUGCACACACACGUACAUGCAAGCAGGGGCAGGGAGAGGGACAAGCAGACUCCAUGCCGAGUGCAGAGCCUGACGCAGGGCUCGAUCCCACGAACCCUGAGAUCAUGACCUGAGCCAAAAUCAGGAGUCAAAUGCUUCACUGACUGACCACCCCAGGCACCCCUCCAUGUUUAACUUUUUAAGGAACUGCCAAACUGUCUUCAGUUCUUACAUUUUUUUGAAUGGCUGGAAAAAUUUUUUUAAGUAUUUCAUGAUGUGAAAAUUGUAUAAAAUUCAGACUUCAUUGUCCAUAAAGUUUUAUUGGAACACAACCAUGCUCAUUCGUUUAAAUAUUGUCUGUGGCUGCUUUUGUUUAUGCUGGAGUUGAGUAGUUAUGACCAUGUGGUCUGCAAAGCCUAAAGUAUUUACUGUCUUGCCCUUUACAGAAAAAGUGCUUGCUAGAAUUGUGGGACUGUAGGAGGAAACUUUUCUGUGGUACCUUUGCUUCAUAUGUCUUUUUUUUCUUCAGGAUUUAUUUACUUGAGAGAACACAAGCAUGGAGGAGGGGCAGAAGGAGAGGGAGAAGCAGACUCCCCGCUGAGCAGGGAGCCUGAUGGGGGGCUCCAUCCCAGGACCCUGGGAUCAUGACCUGAGCAUAAGGCGGAUGCUUAAACAACUGAGCCACCCAGGUGUCCCUACCUGGUGAUUUUAGUGUGUGUGUGUGUGUGUGUGUGUGAGAGAGAGAGAGAGAGAGAGAGAGAAAGAGAGAGAAUAUAUAUAUAUAUUUUUAAAGAUUUUAUUUAUUUAUUUGAGACAGAGAGAAUGAGAGACAGAGAGCAUGAGAGGGAGGAGGGUCAGAGGGAGAAGCAGACUCCCUGCCGAGCAGGGAGCCCGAUGCGGGACUCGAUCCCGGGACUCCAGAAUCAUGACCUGAGCUGAAGGCAGUCGCUUAACCAACUGAGCCACCCAGGCGCCCCGAGAGAGAGAAUAUUUAAGACUCAAACAUUUCUAAUUCUUUUUUGAUCUUUGCUGUUACAGGUUUUUGCCUUUUUUCUUCCUUAAAAUGAAAAUAGCUUUACAGUUUUUAUUUGUUGCAAAAAGCAUCCCCAAAUGAUGAGAAAACCUUUAUAAUUUGGUGAACAUGUUUCUUGAUAUAUCUCUGCAGACAGAAAAACACCUAGAUACAAAAUUUUUACAUAAUAGUGUCAUAUACAUUUUCUUCUCUUUUUGGCUUCCCCCGUGAUAGAUCACUGUUGGAUUUUCAUUUCUAAAAGCAUAGAUGUACAUCAUUAUUAUUAUUAUUUUUAAAGAUUCUCAUUUAUUUAUUUGAGAGAGAGAGAAUGAGAGAGAGCACAUGAGAGGGGGGAGGGUCAAAGGGAGAAGCAGACUCCCUGCCGAGCAGGGAGCCCGAUGCAGGACUCGAUCCAGGGACUCCAGGAUCAUGACCCGAGCCGAAGGCAGUCGCCAAACCAACUGAGCCACCCACGCACCCUGUACGUCAUUAUCUUUUAUUGGCAGUAAAGAAUUUCAUCAAUUUACUUAUGUGUUUUUAUAAGUCCAUGAAGAGUAGGGACAUAACAUUUGGGGUUUUGCUUUUUCACUGUACAUUGUUAUCUGUAGUUUGUCAUUCUCAAUAGCUAUGUGUUUUUCUGUAGUAUUAUAAUUAUCCUUAAAUUGAUAUUGUUAAACAUUUAGGCUUUGUCUUUCACAUAUUUAUAAAAAUUAUUUUUUUCUCUUGGUAUAUUUGUAAAGAAUAGAAUUACAGGAGUCCCCCCGUAUCUGUGGUUCUGCUUCCUAUUGGUUUCAGUUACCCAUGGCAACAACCAUGGUCCAGAAGCAGAUGAUCCUCCUUCUGACAUUGUCAGGAGGUCAGUAGUAGCCUAAAAACUGAGUCACUCACCUCACUUCUUCUCAUCACGUAGGCAUUUUAUCAAAUCACAUCAUCACAAGAAGGGUGAGUACAUGCAAUAAGAUAUUUUGCAAGAGAUCACAUUCACGUGACUGUUAUUACAGUAUAUUGUUAUAAUUAUUUUAUUAUUAGUUAUUGUUGUUAAUCUUUUACUAAGCCUAAUUUAUAAGUUAAACUUUACCGUAGGUAGGUAUGUGUAGGAAAAAAAGGUAGUGUCUAUAGGAUUCAGUGCUAUCUGCAGUUUCAGGCAUCCACUGGGGGUCUCGGAACUGUGGUUAAGGGGGGACAACUGUACCAGACUGAACAUCCAUAUCUUGUCACCUGGGAGUAAACUGAUCGCCAGCAAGUUUCCAUUAUUACUGUAUUCAAUAGUGUAUGGCAUGCCCCUUGCCCAUAGCCUAGCUAAUGCCAGAUAUUAUCAUUUGAAUUUAUUGUGUUUGCAAAGUAUAUAAUUUCUUUCUUUAUUUUUUUUUAAGAUUUUAUUUAUUUAUUUGACAGAGAUACAUAGAGAGAGAGGGAACACAAGCAGGGGGAGUGGGAGAGGGAGAAGCAGGCUUCCUGCGGAGCAGGGAGCCUGACAUGGGGCUCGAUCCCAGGACCCUGGGAUCAUGACCUGAGCCGAAGGCAGACGCUUAACAACUGAGCCACCCAGGCGCACCGUAUAUAAUUUCUUUAAAAUAUAUUUUACUAUAUGUGUUGGCCCCUUUUUAGAUAUGAUUUGUGACAACCUAAAAUAUAAAAUUUACUUCUUAAAAAUUUCCAUUUUCCCAUAAUUUGUUUUCUUUCUUUUUUUCUGUAUAACGUGAUUUUCAGUGUCCUUUAAUUACUUGCAGAGUGAUGUCUGGAUGUUAACAUUGCCCUUUGGUAUAUAUUCCUGAUGUUUUUACCAAAGUUUUUAAUAAGUUAUGCUUAAUGCAUAUGUAUGUCUCCUGUUUUGUUGUAUUCUUUUGAUAUUUUAUUGUUUGAAUCUUUCAUUUUCUUAAGAACAUGGGAGAAGGAAAGUGAGUCUGGCAGCUUCCUGAGCUAAAGCAGAGGUGGCCGUGGAGGCUUUUAUGAGGAUCAUAGUUUUGCCAGCUGGGGCUGUACCUAGAACAAGACAUGGGCCCCGAGGAGUUGAGGGGACCCAGAAUUCUGUAGCUCUUUCUUCUGCCUCUCGGCCUACUGGCAGAAGCAGACCCUGAAAACAGAGAAGAACCCCACAUUCUGUGGAUCUAAGGAUAGGAACUCUUGUAUAUAUCAGGGCUGUCUUAGGUAGAACAGAGGGAAGAUCAGAGAUGCUUCCUACCUGCUUUUCAGAAAUUCUUACUGAAUAUUUUUCAGCCUAAAAGUGAUAGGCUAAAAUCAAGGUAUUGAAUUUUUUUCCAUAGUUUUUUUUUUUUCUUAUUUGGCCUUAUUUUAUGUUCAAACAUAUAUCAAUGCAAAUUGACAAGUUAUAUUUCGGUGUUAAUGAAGUAGAAGCAGGCCCAUUUUGAUCUUAUUUAGUUCUACAUGGAGUUUUAAAAAAUGACCCAAUACCUGGGGCGCCUGGGUGGCUCAGUCGGUUAAGUGUCUGCCUUCGGCUCAGGUGAUGAUCUCAGGGUCCUGGGAUCGAGCCCUGCAUCGGGCUCCCUGCUCAGUGGGGAGCUUGCUUCUCCGUCUCCCUCUGCCCCUCCCCCUGCUUGUGCUCUUUCUGACAAAUAAAAAAAUAAAAUCUUAAAAAAAAAUAACCCAAUACCUAAAUACUCCUACUGUAAAAAUUUACCACAAAGUUAUAUAAAAUAAAAAGUUAAAAACCACAUUCGUCAACAAUCUCUGACAAUAAUUACUACUAAUAAUUUGUGUUUCUUUUUAGGUAUUUUCAGAUAUAUGUAUAUAUAAUACAUUUGGUGUAUUCAAUGAAAUCUAAAAUACAUUUAUAUGUACACACGUAUGUAUACAUGAAUGUACUUUAUAUAUCUAGUAUUUAAUAUAUGUGUUUAGUAUACACAUUGGUUGAAUAUACAUAGUCUGCAACUUGCUUUUUAAUAUUUGAUAUAUCUUAGAUUACCAUAUGUUUUUCAUGUGACCAGAAAUCCACCUGUGAGAAGGUUGCGAGAGUAGUUCAAGGCCACGAUGAUUGGAGAAUUUUGAGGCUGGGUGCAUGCCUACAGGUUAUAACUCAGAAGCUACUCAGAUAUGAAAUGGAGGCUGUAUGAUACUUAUUUUCCUCUUGUCUUCAGUCCUUGUAUUGCGGAUUGUCAUUUUUAGUAACAUUAGAUUAGAAUUGCUCAAAAUAAUUUCGCUCGGCUUCAGAUGCAUUACAGGUCGGUCCGCUAAUGGGUCCAACGUCUGCGUAUUGAGGGUGUGCUCAGAACAUGCCCCACACUGUGCUGUUGGUAUCACGCCCUUGGCCCCAGGCAGGACGGUGGUGGUGAGCCCUCUUGCUGUGCUGGUUCUCGAUGCUUGAUAAUUAAGCAAAAAUGAUUUGUCUCAUGUAGGCAGCACCGUGGGGUCACAGGGGCUACAUUUAGGUUCGCAGGGACCCGUCCUUCACGUGGCUGAAAUCCUUCACUUUUCAUUUUGCUGCAGAUACUAUUUUAUUGUUUGAUGUUUAUUCACAUCGCUUUCCAACACACCUAUAGUCAAAAGACAUGUUAUGACCGUUGUGUUAAUGGCAUGAGUCCCUUCGAUGUGCCUAUGGCUUUACCGCUAGCGAUGUCCAAGGAUUCGGCUCAGAAGCCAUGAAGACUCCUCUGGUUCCUGUUUACAAAAGCUGGGAACAAGCGAACGGACACAGGGGGGCAGCAGCUGAUCCUGUCUGCGCGGGCGCUUAGCUUUCUUCCUACCCAUCUCUUAGAUGAAAGCCUCUCGCCUGGGAGACUCGUGGGUUCCGUCCAGCUGUAAACUGCUAACUCAGUGGGCACCAUUCCCUCAGUCAGACUUCGUUUGAUGCUUCGUAGUGGUGUUCAUGAGGCAUCGAGAGUGGAAGAACUCCUGCCCCAGAUAACAGGGGUUUGAAAUCCCGCUUUGCUGCGUGGCAUCCUACAUGCGUCCUGCCCGCAGAGCCGGUUUCCUUCUCUGUACAGAAGGCGCCACAUGAGACUCCGUCACGGGGCAAGCUGUCAGUUCUGGUAUGCUCCGUAAAUGGUAGCUUUUUCAAAACAACAUUGUUACAAAAAUGACUGUUUUUCUCGAAGGCUCAUUUGUUUUCCUUUUUUCGGGGGAAAAGUUUUUCACUGACGGCAUUGAUGAUUCCCAGUCUGAGCCUGUAAGAAUGUGAUUUCUUUCAGACGUUUCCCUUGGCCUCUGAGAAUCGCUCAGCCUGUGUAUAUGCUCAUUAUUUAUAACCGAGGCUCCUGUAGCGUCCCCUUGCUGUGCAGACAUUUUCACACUGGGUGGCAGGUUGGACUCCAGAACACGACCAAAGCAGAGAGAGAGAGAGAGAGAGAGAGAGAGAGAAAUGAGACACAUCAGCCUUUUAUCUCUCUUCUCCAAUUUCAGUCUCUUUAUUCCUGUGAUUCCAAAGAUAGGAGAUGAGCCUGCCUCCGAUUCUCUGGCCUCUUUAUUUUUAUUUUAAUUCUUGCUAAAUACACGCAUCGUGAUUUGGUAGCUGUCAUGUUGGACGCAGUGAGAAGAGCUGGCCAAAAACCUAUGGAAGGAGAAAGGAGAAGCCCAGCGCGGAGAACAUCACACCGUGCAUGUAGGGGUUUACUGGAGUAGGAGCAUAUGAUCGAAAACACAUGAUGUCCAGAGACCAGUGUGGUGCUGGGACCUCUGCUGGGUUGGUGUCGUGGAGCGGUCCGAUGAUGGCAGGUGAUGUUAGGCAGUGUGCUCGGCACUUUAUAUAUGUCAUGUGCCCUCACAGUAGCCCCAGGGGGCAGGUACUAUUAGGACUUUUAUGUUUUCCUGAAGAGGAAGCUGAAACUAGGAGAUUAUGUCAUUUGCUCCUGGUCGCAGAGCUGGUAAAUGGUGGAGCAGGGGUUUGAACCAGCUGUGUCUCAACCUAGAAACAGUUCUUAACCACUGAACCACAUGCCUCAGUUGAAAACUGUGUUUCGUUGCUAGUGAUGGGUGAGGAGAUUGUCACAUCACCGCCCGUUUUCAGGUUGCACUUGUGAGGUCUCUGAGUGGAGGAAGUCCCUGGCCAGCAGAGUUGGGAUGUCAUGCCCAUUACAGAGGGAGCCUGUCAAAGGAGCACUGAUGAAAAGGAGGCUGGGAUGAAGCAGAAGAUCCAUCUUAGAACUCCCCCCACCUUCCCACUGCCUCCCUGCCUUCCUCUUUAUCAUCAAUGUACAUUGUAUAUUCAUUUGUGUAAUUGUUCCUCACUUGUGGACUGUAAGCUCCAGGAAGGCAGGAAUUAUACCCAUGGUAUUUCCUGUUAAACACCCAGGAUCUAGAAUUGCCGGCACACGGUAGGUCCUCAGUGCAUAUUUCUUGAACGUAUGAAUGAAAAGAGAUUGAAAAGAUGGAAAAGAAGUGAUUGAGAAAUGAAUGAAGGGUAGGAGUUGGAAAGACUUUAGAGGACUUUUCGUCUGUCUCCUUCUCUCACGGUGGUGGAAACUGAGUCUCAAAGAGGGUAACGAAUGCUAACUGAGCACCUGAUGUAAGCAGAGCCUUAAGUUCUCUCACAUCAUCUGCUCGGAGGCAGCUCCAGGAGGCUGCACGACACCUCUCUUUUCUGACCGCCUCUGAAAUGCGGUUGUAAAAGGGCGCCUGGGUGGCUCAGUCGGUUGAGUGUCUGACUCUUGGUUUCAGCUCCGGUCGUGGUCUUGAAGUCCUGGGAUCGAGCCCCGCAUUUGAGCCCCACCCCACUGAGUCGGCUUCUUUCCCUCUCCCUCUGCCCCUCCCCACACCACUCUCUCUCUCUCUAAAUAAACAAAUUUUAAAAAAUCUUUAAAAUGGGGCGCCUGGGUGGCUCAGUUGGUUAAGCGACUGCCUUCGGCUCAGAUCAUGAUCCUGGAGUUGUGGGAUCGAGUCCCGCAUCGGGCUCCCUGCUCAGCAGGGAGUCUGCUUCUCCCUCUCCCGCU